GGACGCGUCACUGGGACUGGUCCAUCUGUAUCCAUCAUGUACGCAUUUGGAUAAUUUCGCCUCAGAAGUUUAUCGCUCAUAGAGUUGACCCUUAUGUUCGAACACAUCUCCUAGUUACACUCACUAACAACCCCAAAAACACAAAUUUUCUACUAAGAGAGACGUGCUAUUAUUUCGUGCAGAUUUCUUGGAACAGUGGUACAAGCCUGGCUGCAGCAAAUAAGUGAAUAUGGCGUCUGGUUGCUUAGCGCUGGCUCAAUCUUAUUAGCUGUGUUGCUUCACUGACCAACCAUCGAAGCAGCUGUUGCUAACUCUAGUUUCAGUAAUACAUUGUCUUAACUAAAUAUAUUUCUAUCAACAUGUCGGACUCCGAGGAAGAGAGUCAAGACCGACAGCUGAAAAUUGUUGUAAUCGGGGACGGAGCGUCUGGAAAGACGUCUCUGGCCACCAGGUUUGCACAGGAGGCCUUUGGGAAGCAGUACAAACAAACGAUAGGCCUGGAUUUCUUUCUGAAGAGAAUAACCUUGCCAGGCAAUCUGAAUGUCACUCUGCAGGUGUGGGACAUUGGCGGCCAGACGAUUGGAGGGAAAAUGCUGGACAAGUAUAUCUACGGUGCUCAGGGGGUGCUGCUGGUGUAUGACAUCACUAAUUACCAGAGCUUUGAGAACUUGGAGGACUGGUUCGGCAUGGUCAAGAAGGGCAGCGAGGAGGCCGAUGUGCAGCCGGUGGUGGCGCUGGUGGGCAAUAAAACUGAUCUGGAGCACAUGCGGACGGUGAAGGUGGACAAGCACCAGCGCUUCUGCCAAGAGAACGGUCUGGUCAGCCAUUUUGUGUCUGCAAAAACGGGGGAUUCUGUAUAUCUGUGUUUCCAGAGAUUGGCAGCAGAAAUUUUAGGUGUGAAGCUCAACAAGGCUGAGAUUGAACAGUCUCAGAGGAUUGUAAAAGCUGAGCUGGUGGACUAUCCCCAGGACGAAGGGCCUAUUCCUCAGGAGUCUACUCAGAGCAAAAUCUGCUCUAUUCAGUAGUGGGAAGUAUGUGCCAACCAAAGCAGCUAGCAACUCCUGUAGCUUCCUGUGUUUGGAGCUAGCAACUCCUGUAGCUUCCUGUGUUUGGAGCUAGCAACUCCUGUAGCUUCCUCAAGCUUCCUGUGUUUGGAGCUAGCAACACCUGUAGGUUCCUCAUUGAUGACCAAUACAAGCUUCUUGUUCGAAUAUACGUUUUAGAUACUGGUCUUUAGUUGUAGCUAUAGUUUGUGUUUCAUUGAGUUCAGGAAAGGAAUGGAAUAAUUAUACUGCCAGGUAGAAAAAAAAUGAGAAUAUGAAUAUAAAUAUUUAUUGAGUUUGGAGUAGUUUUACCAUGGCCUUUAAGUAUAGUUGAUUCCAGUAAGCAGUCUGUGUCAGCACUUUUUCAUUUACCCAUUUGAGUUGAAACUUAUUUGACACAGACAAAAUUUAAACUAAAAACAUAACAUUCCUCCAACAUGUUCAAUACAUAAAUAUCAGUCUUGCAUACUCCUACACUCAGAAUUAUUUAAUUCAGUCAUCCAAAUGUGCAUAUUGCGUGCUAUUAAGAUCAUGCAACUGGGUGGAGGCAUGUAGACUAUUUGGAUUUAAGUGUUUAGCAUGAUGCGCGUGAGAAGACGGAUGUGGAGGAAGCGGAGGUCUUUACUCCCGUGAGGUAUUGCACACACGCGUGCCACUAAUGGAGGUUUGUAGCAGCAGACUGUGAACACACUGUAUAAACUAUGCGAAGGCACAAGAUGAAUAGUCAAUUAUAGACACAGCUCUCUGAUGCUUUUUCUCCUGUCUCUUUGUCUCUCUUUGUG